UGUCAUCUCUCAAAACCGGAUGGUGUUCUUGUAGAGGAAGUUUUGUUUUGCGAGUUUUCCGUCCGUUUCGACUGACUGGGAAUUCAGUUACUGCGCUUCAAAGAACACGAAAUGAUACAAUUGUGAAUUGCAUUUCAUGUAACUGCUCAAUUGUUCAAGGAGAGAAUAAAACCCUGAGCUGUUUGAAGCGGCGGAACUCUAACGUUACACUUCAGAGUAACCGGAGAGCACCUUCCUGCUAAGCUAACGUUACCUAGCUAGUUAGCGCGGCUAGCUUUAGGCUCUGGUUUACGUUGUGUUGAAGGGGCUCUCCGAGCUAACGAAGCCAUGGGGAACCGGGGCAUGGAAGACCUGAUUCCCCUGAUCAACAAGCUUCAAGACGCGUUCAGCUCCAUUGGCCAGAGUUGCAAUUUAGACCUUCCUCAGAUUGCAGUGGUCGGUGGACAGAGCGCUGGAAAAAGCUCAGUCUUGGAAAAUUUUGUUGGCAGGGACUUUCUUCCACGUGGAUCAGGCAUCGUUACCCGUAGACCUCUCAUUUUGCAGCUGGUCAACAAUAAAGCAGAAUAUGCUGAAUUCCUGCACUGCAAAGGAAAGAAGUUUGUGGAUUUUGAUGAAGUGCGGGCGGAAAUUGAGUCAGAGACCGACAGGAUAACAGGCUCCAACAAAGGCAUCUCUUCCAUCCCAAUUAACCUGAGGGUCUACUCCCCAAACGUGCUGAACCUGACCCUGAUCGACCUUCCGGGAAUGACUAAAGUUGCCGUCGGAGACCAGCCCGUAGACAUCGAGCACCAGAUCAGGGACAUGCUGCUGCAGUUCAUCACCAAGGAGAGCUGUCUGAUCCUAGCAGUCACUCCUGCCAACACUGACCUGGCCAACUCCGAUGCUCUGAAGAUCGCCAAGGAAGUGGACCCACAGGGUCUGCGUACCAUUGGUGUUAUAACAAAACUGGACCUGAUGGACGAAGGGACGGAUGCAAAGGACAUCCUAGAAAAUAAACUCCUGCCACUGCGUAGAGGCUACAUUGGUGUGGUGAACCGCAGUCAGAAAGACAUUGAUGGGAAGAAGGACAUUCGCGCUGCUCUGGCUGCAGAGAGGAAGUUCUUUCUGUCCCACCCUGGCUACAGACAUAUGGCAGAGCGUAUGGGCACACCACAUCUACAAAAGACACUUAACCAGCAAUUGACCAACCACAUCAGGGACACUCUGCCUGGUCUGCGCAGUAAGCUGCAGAGUCAGCUCCUCUCACUGGAGAAGGAGGUGGAGGAGUAUAAGAACUUCAGUCCAGAUGACCCAACACGCAAGACCAAGGCCUUGUUGCAGAUGGUGCAGCAGUUUGGUGUGGACUUUGAGAAGUGCAUUGAGGGCUCUGGGGACCAGGUGGACACCAAUGAGCUGUCGGGUGGCGCCAAGAUCAACCGCCUAUUCCACGAACGCUUCCCCUUCGAACUGGUCAAGAUUGUGUUUGAUGAGAAAGAGCUUCGGCGAGAAAUCAGUCACGCAAUCAAGAACGUCCAUGGUGUCAGAACGGGGCUGUUCACUCCAGACCUGGCGUUUGAGGUCAUCGUGAAAAAGCAGAUCGUUAAGCUGAAAACGCCCUGUCUCAAAUGUAUCGAUCUGGUCAUUCAGGAGCUCAUCAACACAGUCAGGCAGUGCACCAACAAGCUAAGUUCCUACCCCAGGCUGAGAGAGGAGACUGAGAGGAUUGUCACAACCCAUGUCAGAGAAAGAGAAGGGAAGACCAAGGACCAGGUUCUGCUGCUGAUUGACAUUGAGCUGUCCUACAUCAACACCAAUCAUGAGGACUUCAUAGGCUUUGCUAAUGCCCAGCAGAGGAACACAGCUGCAAACAAAAAGAGGGCCAUACCCAACCAGCUUGGCGGACUGGGAGAGGUCCACGAGGAGAAGGUGAUCAGGAAAGGCUGGCUAACCAUCAACAUCAGCAUCAUGAAAGGAGGCUCCAAGGAGUACUGGUUUGUCCUGACUGCGGAGUCCCUGUCCUGGUACAAAGAUGAGGAGGAGAAAGAAAAGAAGUAUAUGCUACCCCUGGAUAACCUGAAGAUCAGAGACGUGGAGAAAGGCUUUAUGUCCACAAAGCACAUCUUCGCAAUCUUCAACACCGAACAGAGGAACGUUUACAAGGAUCUUCGCCAAGUAGAACUGACCUGUGAUUCUCAAGAGGAUGUGGACAGCUGGAAAGCAUCCUUCCUCAGGGCAGGAGUUUAUCCGGAGAAGGACCAGACGGAGAAUGAAGACGCUGCCCCUGCAGACACAUUCUCUAUGGACCCUCAGUUGGAGCGACAGGUGGAAACCAUCCGCAACCUGGUGGAUUCGUACAUCGGCAUCAUCAACAAAACCACCAGAGACCUCGUUCCCAAGACCAUCAUGCAUCUCAUGAUCAACAGUGCAAAGGAUUUCAUCCACUCAGAGCUGCUGGCCUAUCUCUACUCCUCUGGGGACCAGAACAGCCUCAUGGAGGAAUCCCAGGACCAGGCCCAGCGUAGAGACGAAAUGUUGCGCAUGUAUCAUGCACUCAAGGAGGCGCUGCUCAUUAUUGGCGACAUCAGCGCCAACACGAUCACCACCCCAGUACCCCCGCCCAUAAAUAACACCUGGAUCCAAGAAGCCAGCCCCACCCCUCAGCGCAGGCCGACUCCUACAGCUGCCGCGGCCCCCAGCCGCCCGCCUGCUGUUCGGGGCCCAACACCAGGACCACCCAUGAACCCUUCCCCUGCCUUUGGAGCUCCGCUCAACCCCUCUCCCGCAUUCGGUGCACCACCAAUCCCGUCUCGCCCAGGCCCACCCAUCAACGCUUUCAACAGCCACCAGGAUCCCUUCAGCGCACCCCCACAGAUCCCCUCCCGGCCAGCCCGUGUCCCACCCGGUGUACCCAGCCGAAGACCCCCUGGUGCUCCUUCUCAUCGGCCCACCAUUAUCCGCCCUGCUGAGCCCUCCCUGCUAGACUAGACCUGUGGCAUAGCCCACCUAAGUGUGUGUGUUUUUGUGUGGAUGUGUGUAUCUGCACACUAAAGGCCAGGGGCGGGGGCUCGAGGGGAGGGGCUGACUGAUAGCGGUGCUAAUUUGCAUCGUCCAGCCACAUUAAUAUGUCUCUCUUCAAGCAAUGUAAUAAGCUGCUAAUGCCAUCUUUAUCAGUGCACAUGGAUGUCAGGAAGCCCUUAACCACUUAAAUAUUACAUUUGACUGCUGUGGAAAUUGUGUAAUACAAAAUAAAACCCAGCUGAUCUGUGGGAGAUGAUGUAUCAAAUUCAGUUAGAGCUCUUUUUAUUAUAAAAACUGGUUUAUUUCUUCUGACAAGGUUCCCAGCAGAAGCUCAUUGAAUAACUUAUUAACUGUUACAGACUGGGUUUCCUCUCCCCUCUCUCCACCUUUUUAGAAUGGCUGUGGUUAGAUCUGUGUAAUAUACACACUUAACCUGUUGUUAAUGUUUUACUGGGUUAUCAUUUCCUAACUGAUUUCAUACCUAAAACAAUAGUUAAUUAUAAUUGUUGUUAUUUUGGUGGUAUCGUUGUGUUCUGUUCCGUUUUUUAAUUUGAGUGACUUUGUCCUUUUUAUUGAUCGUCAUAAAUGUAGCUUUAAAAAUGAAAUCCUAAUCGCAGGAAAAGCCAAGCAUAAAAAGACACAGGGCAGGGUUGCAUGAGAGAGUACGGUAGCUUCAGCCCCCCUUCUGUGAAUUGUCCUUCCGCAAUAAAAAGAUGUCAGCCAGAUUGGCCAUUUUAAUCCAAGCACUUCUAGCCAUGUAGCCUUACCACAAGCCACUCAUAACAGGGAGGAUGUAGUCCAUUACCAGAACACUAUGCACAAAAAACGGAGAGCCGGAAAGAGACAGGCUGAAGCUUGUCUGAGUUUUGUGAGAUGCUUUCUCUCCAAUAAUUAUCAGUUUUUAAAACCUUCAUUUAUAAUCCCUUUACUCUCAGUUGAACCCCAAUGAGACGUUCAGCCUUCGGGUAGAUUUAGUUCAUUCCUGGAUUAACUGAUUCAUAUAGAGCCGAGCACAAAGUUCUGUUUCCUCUCAGAGGAUAACUCGGUCGGGCGUGUAGACGAUGACGUGAUUUUAGAGUAUAAAGAUGGUAUUAAGCAUUUAGGAGUUGGCACAUCUCUUUCUGAGCUUAGUUGUUAAAGACGUAUUAUUGCUAUGACUCCUGCUUCCGUGCAUUAAAAAUAUUGUAUAUAGCUGGCCUGUAAUGGGGAGUUAGCACUUGUAUCUCAUUUAAUAGCAGGGUUGAUGACAGAAAUAUUUUAUUGAUUCUAAUCAAAGCAAAGACAUGUUAAAACCUAGUCGUCCUAUUAAAGGAAGCACUAACAUUGUCAUUUCAUAGUAAUCUAAUAGUAAUUCUUGCAUGUAGGGAAAAAGAGAUUGGUCAUCUCCUGAUGCACUAUUUAUAACCUGGGCAUUUGUCAUUUCUUUUGAUAUUUUUGGUUGCAAUUGUAUCAGCUGUAGAUCUCAGCUCCCCGGCUUCCCCUGGACUUUUAUUUGGGGUUCUGCUACAGGGAUUAGCUGUCUAAAUGUGUCGUAUGUUGGAAGGGCACCUGGGGCUGGACAUCGUCUACACAGCUGUGAUUAUUUAAAUAAAUAUAUGUUGAUUGCUCCUUGAGGGUAUUUGACCAUUUAAAACCAAUUUAGGGGGAAACUGGUCAAGUGGGGAGGGACGUUGGGCUUGUAGAAUGUUUUCUGUUUUAGGUUUGAUCAGUAGUGGUGAUGAGCAGGUGGUGGUGGGAGUUGUGGUGUAUGAAAGUACACUCUGUCUAAAGAAGCUGUCUAGACUUUUCUCUGUUCUCAGCACAGAGCAUAGACACUUAAUUAGCCAACAAGACAAAGAAACUAAAGAAUUCAAAUUGUCCCAAACAAUGGACUCAUGAGACAGAGUGUACUUUUUCUUCCCCUGUAUUUCUCUACAGUUCUGGCUUUCAAUGACAGUGCCACAAGGAUUAAAAUAAGCUUCUAAAACCGCCAAAUCUUUAGAUUGAAGACCCUUCACAUGGUAUCUUACCCGAACCCCUGGUACACAAAACUUAGCUCAUGUGAUAAAACUUCUUAUUGGCCAUACGUUUCUUGUCACUUCAGCCUGCCCUUGAGAAGCCCGGACUGUAAUGCUCUGUAAUACUUUAGGUUGUGGUAAUACUGCCUUCUUCCUAAUGGAUGUGCCCUGCCUCCCUCCUCUUUCCCUCCCCUCCCCUCCCUGUCUAGGUCUGGUGGGAGGGGUUGGAAACCAACCUGUAAAAAUCACUUUUCUUUUUGUUUUGCAAACCCGUGUCAAGUGCCUCUGUAGCAAUGAAUUGAUUUUAAUAAACAACAUGGACUGAUUUAGGAUGGAGAGUAAAUAAAGAGGUGUUGUGUACAAUAAAGGGACUGGCUCUGGUG